UGUAUUUCAAUUUCGCGGGCAAGGUUAGCAUUUGAAUAUAGUGAUAAUCACUGUUGCCAUAUUAAAUGCUGCAACUUCAGAAUCCGGAAAUAUAUGGAUGACCUUGUAUACAAAGUUUAAGGCGCUUUGUAUUGGUGAACAAACACAUUGAUGACAUCUAUGAAACACAUAGGAACAGGGCUUAGGAUAUUACUACUAAUUUGAUAGUUUUGAUUAAAUAUUACAUUAUAGUCUUUAUAACCUUACGCUUAGAGUUUGUAAAAGAUAUACGUAUUUAAGAAAUUGGACAUAAAAUUUGACGCAUAAUAUCUUAAUAAGUCUUGUUGUGUUUCAUCGUGUGUGGUUAAACACGCAUGAAAAGACAACCUGAAGAUUACGCGUCGAUAAAAGACGCGGACAUGUCAUCGUUGUCGAUUGUUGUUGAUCAUUAUUGACGAUCAUGGUGGUUUCGUGUAAUUUCAACGCAAUAUCGCGCGUUGAUCGUAUACAUAUACAAAAUAACCAAAAUUCGUUGUUUUAAUUAUUCCAUAAUGUUCGCGUAUUGAUCGAUCAUCGAAAUAAACAUUUUGUAAUCAUGAACACGAAGCACAGUCCGAGAAAAGUGACGUUGGCCAUGAUAAAAGGUAAACCCAUUACGACCUCUGUUCCUGUGAUUCAUUAUCAUGCCAGCGACGAUGAAUUGGAAGAAAUAUAUCCGAGUUCUGAGGAGGAGAAGAGAUUGACUCCAGAAUUUGACCCAACUGAUACGAAAGUAACCUCAAUUUCGCCGAAAUGCAUCGAAAAGAGGUCUGUAAACGAAUCAGAUAUUUCGGAAAAUAAUCCUGAUACACGAUCUGUCGGUACAGAGAAUGUAUUACCGGAAGGUACUCCACCGUCUUUAGACCCAUGGAAAGUAUUCUCAGAUAUAAAAGGAAAAAUAACAAAAACGUUUGAGGAGAAAUUGUCCGAAAUAAAGAGCGACAAAAAGAAACGGCGUCACUCUAAAGCAGAAAGUUCAAGUAUUAGCGAUUUAGAGGAUCACGGAUGCAUUACUCCUAGCGAAAAAAAUGUCGAAGGUAAACGAGUGAACGACGAGACAUCAAGCGCGGCGACAACAACGACAACGACGACAACAAUGACGACGAUAAUCAGCCGUCAUCAAAGAGGUAACCCGGUUAGAUACGUAGGUUUCUCCGACGUAAAGACUGGUUUAAAAGACAAAAGUUUACAAGACGACAGCGUAGAGAGUGGCAUUGAAGCUUCUGAAUUUGCUCAAACCGUUAAUGAAGAUGUUGUUUCCUGCCCAGAAGAUGAUCGUCCAGCGGCGAAAACGUCUAACGAGGAUAACUAUGCUAGCUUGCAACAUCGUUCGUGCAUGCGUUUGACCGCAUUUCCAAAACGGAUAGAUUUGAAAACAUCGUUUUUACACUCUAUUCAACAGUUAUUCUUUGGAACAACGUAUAAGUCUGUUGCCAUUUUCAUUGCCAUUUUUUCUAUUUGUUACAUAGCUCCUUUACCAGAAUAUUUACUUGGAUUUAUAAUGGGUACCUUCACGACAGUUACCUUUUACAGCAUAUUAACGAAGCUCAAAAGACUAUUGACAACCUUGCCAGAGGAGAAGUUUGUCCCCAGUUCGAUGAUACCUGUUCUAGAAAUCCCAGCGGCAGAAGAACAUUCCGUGAUCGAGAGGUUCCAAGGCUGGUUAAAUGAACUGCCCUAUAAUUAUGAACCAAACGAUUAUCACGUUGCACGUACAAAGUCAGUUUUUUUUAGAUUGGAAGGAAACAUUUUGCGUAUCAUGGAAACCAGAAUGAAAAUACCAAAGAAGGCUGUCUGGGACGAGCCGAAACAUAAACUAAAAUUUGUCAGAAGAAGGGUUUACAACCUGACCGGGGCAAGGAUAGAACUUGUUCCUUACGGACUCGCCAGAAGAAGAAGGUGGAGUAAAAAGUAUCCUAUUUGUAUAACUAUUAAAAAGAGUGCCCUAAUUUGUAACGUAACUCUGAAAAAUUCAAUCAACGACGAUCGUUCGAUCAACGACUAUUAUAAGGGAAGUUCGAAAGGGCGAAUGAGAUACAGAGCCAAUAAAAAGAAAUGCGUAGCGAAUUGGAGAGAAGAAAGGCUGGACGACGAAACUCGUUUCGUCGACGCAGAUGGGGAUGAUAACGGCGACGAGUCGAUGACGAAACAAAGAAAGAAAGAAGAUGAGAAAGGUGUGGAGGAUGACGACGACGAUUCGUGUUACGAUUACGAUACGAAUAAUGAUGACGUCGACGACGAACACGUGGAAUACGAGGAGUGCUUUUUGAAUAAUGGAGGAGUAACGGAGUACAGGGUUGAGGAGGACAGAAGAACGAAGGGUAAAAGUUACAAAAAGGAGCAGCAAUGGGAAAUUGACAGAAUACGAAGGAACGUGCGCAGAAGUUACCUGAAAGAUAAAAGAAAAAAGAAAAUUGGCAAAAAAUCGAAUGUGGAAAAGAGACCUGAAACGAAGAAGGAUGACAAAGAGCAAGACGAGAAGGAAGAGGAAAAGAACGAAGAGGGUGAAAAGGAAGAUAAGAACGAGGAUAUCGAGAUGGUGAUCAAAAAGAAAGGGGAUGUAGACGAUGAGGACGAGGAGGAGGAAGAAGAAGAAGACAUGGAGGAGGACUACGAAGAGUUGAAUCUGGAAGAUGAAGAACUGGAUGACGAUGUAGACGACUAUUACGACCUUGACGAGGAUGACGAUGACUACGAUGACGAAGACGACGACGACGACGACGAUGAUGUAGACGAGGAUGAACAGCAACCGGACGAGAACGUGAAGGACGAAAGCAUCGGUAAGGCAGACGAAAAGAAUAGCAAGGAGACAGACACAGGCGACAAUGAUAACGAUGACAUCGACGUGGAAAAAGAGACCGGAAAAAAAGACGAAAAAGAGUCGAACUUGAAAAGCACUUUAAAAAAAUUAAAAAAGAAAUCGAAGCAGAAGAACGAAUUGAAGAUAUUUGUUUUCGCCAGAGCUGACCGUGAAAAAGAGGAUUGGUACAGACGUUUGGUUUCAGCCGCGUCACGACGCUCUAAGAAACGAGAUUCAUUGUCGUUCACCAUGAACUCAUCGUCCACGAAUACUUCGUUAGCGACGCAGAGAAACGUCAUCGCGGAGUCCAAGAGUUCGGGUAACUCGCACGAGAAAAGUGUUCCCGAUCUUAACUAUAACGCUUACAUGGGAAAAUAUUUGGACACCGAUUCGGGCAAGCUGGAGAACGCGUGCUCCACCGACACACUUUGGUUCAAUUGUUUGGUAGCUCGCAUACUGUUCGAUAUACACAAAUGUCCAGAAACUAUAAAUCUUAUACAGGAUAAGAUACAGCGGAAAUUGUCUAGCAUAAAAUUACCGUAUUUCAUGGAGUGCCUUUUAGUUUCGGAGGUAACGAUAGGGCAAGGGUCGCCCGUCGUUCGCAACGUAACGAAACCGAUAAUCAACGAACGAGGUCUUUGGCUCGACUUCGACGUGACGUACCAAGGAUCCCUGACCAUGACGGUCGAAACGAAACUGAACCUGAUGAAGUUGACGAGGGCCGGAUCGGUUCCGAGUAACAGCAACGUAAUAAUUUCUUCGGAGAAACACGAAUCGAUGGCGAGGUCAGCGAUUUUUGACAGCGACUUAGAGGACACUCCAGAAACGUCUACGGAGGACGAAGAUGCUUCGAGAGCACAGUUAUACAACACGGCCAAAGAAGCAACCGGUAUACAACAGUCAUCUGGGAAAAAGUUUCUCAGCAUGGUCGACAGGAUAGCUGCGAACAAAUAUUUUCAACAUGCGACGGAAUUGUCUUACGUUCGAAGGGCGAUGGAAGGAGUUUCGAACACGGAAAUUCGUCUGAUGGUUACCGUUUCAAGUAUAGAAGGUUGUCUGUCGGUAAACGUUCCACCGGCGCCGUCCGAUCGUUUAUGGUACGGUUUCAAACCCGUGCCGAAAGUAACUCUUACCGUAAAACCCGCGGUUGGCGAGAGAACGGUUAACAUCGUUUACGUUACCAAGUGGAUAGAAGCCAAGUUACUCAGGGAAUUUGAGAAGCUCGUCGUUUUACCGAACAUGGACGAUCUCAUAAUGCCGUUGUGUCCUAAUUAUCCUUAUACGACGAUGCGGUAGUCGUUUGCGAGCAAACGGUAAGGCGAGGUAAAGUAAGGUAAGAAUAUCGAGUGUCUUGUUUUUUCUAAUCACGAUCUCGCAACGUAGAUUCGGCCUGUGAACGACGAAUACCGCUGUGAAACAUGUUUGUUACAUAAAAAUACAACGUAACUAUAUUUAAUUGUGGUACACUCGGGUGCAAUUAUUCUUAGCUAUAAGCUUUUUCUAAUUUUAUUAACUUCUAAAUUUCCACUCUCCCACUUUUCCUAAAUUACCACUUCUCCAGUUUCCAAAUCGCUAAUUGCUAAAUUUUUCUAUUUGUAAAAUUGUAAACUUCAGAAGUAAGAUUUGCACCCUAGCGUAACUCCGAUAUCGUCACAAGGGUGGUGUUCGUUGAACGAGAACGUCGGUGUACGUAUUUGGAUAGCACUUUUUUUUAAAUCGUUUGAUCUUUGAUCAUUUUCUUGGGACCAUAUGCCGCGUUGUUCAUUAGAACGUUUGUUGCGGAUCGUUUACGUUUGCAUUUACGUUCGGAUCAUGCGUUAUGCUUUCUGCCUAGGCCCGUUCUCGCCGACGCGACACCGGGGUAUGGACAUCGAAAAUCGAUCUAGUCGACUUCGGCAGUAAAAUCACGCAUUUAUUCGGAUCGUAAGUGUUUCUCGCGAAAUGUAACUAACCGAAACUGUACGUUGGUUUGUGCGUGUAUCGUUUGUUCAAGACGUUAUAUAAUUGUAAAUUACGUUUGUACGCUGUGAUUACGUGUAUGUAACGCGUAUAUGUUGCAUAUUUUAAAGGUCGAAUUAGAGAUUGUAACGCGAGCGGAUCCUUUAUCUUAUAUGCGAGUCCUAUAUAAAAAAUCAUGCAAGCUACUCGUGUGCGUAAUUACUGUAAUCCCUUUACCCGGAAUAAUUUACAAGGAACGUUGAGGACGAAAGGACAGCACAGAGUAUUCGGUACAGGAGUCGAUCAGCGAUCAAACAUGUACUCGUUGCUGAACAGAUGUAUUUGUUGCGAUAAAAUUUCUACAAAACAAUAUCACAGUUCGGAGAUCGAUAAUUCGCGUGGUAGAAAAUAGAAAAAUAUUAAGUAUUUACAAAUAUCUGGUUGGAAAUGUGUGGCUAGCGAAUUGGCUAACUUCGAA